UUUACUUGAGUAUUUUUAUUUUAUUUUAGACGAUCUCAAAUGUUGUGAAAAUAAGCCAUCUUCAAUUCUGCAAAACCCUGGCAAAACCUCAACCUCUUCAAUGGCGAGAUCUCUAGCGCAGUCAUGGCGCCGUAUUCUGACACAUCAGACGCCGUCGCGGUGGUGCUUCGAGCAAUCGUCGGAGCCUUCUCAUUUUCUGCUGAAAUCACUAUCAGAGGUCAAGUCACCAGGCAUCAGCUGUCUCAGGUUCUUUAGUGCACAAGCAGCAGAAACUACUCCUCCAAGCAGUCCUGCAAGAACUCCGGUUCAAUCUAGAAAAUCGGCGGCUGUUAAAUUAUCAAUUACAAGCCCUGGAGUUGUAGGCGACCCAUAUACACCAAGUGAGCCAAUCUCAUUUUGGCGUAGAUGCUUUACUAGAUCGGGUCGGAAAAGGACAAAAGAAGAAUUUAUGUCACAGCUAAAAAGUAUGUACGCAAUUGCACAAGUGAGGAAGAAAUAUGGGUAUUCUAAAAAGAAGUUCUAUGAAGAAUCUGUUUAUUUAUACCAAGAGAUAAAUACCCUAAUGGCCAAUGGAGACAAAAAAUCAUUUAGGAAAUUUGUUACAGAGCACAUGUAUUCUACCCUCAAGAAUGAAAUCAAACACAGAGACUGGGUUCACGUUCACUGGGAACUGAUCAUGCCAAUCGUUAAAAUAAGAACUCUUCAAGCCCGUCUGAUUGGUACAGAUAAAAACGAUGUCAUGAAAUCUUUUGCACAAAUUACGAUCGAGAUUUUCAGCAAACAGAAGUUUGAGGCAUACGACUCAAAUGGAGCUGUUGUUUCUGGUGAUAAAGACAAGGAGAUUCUUGUACGUGAUAUAUGGGUCUUGGAGAGAUCUCUCUUCCAUCAAGGAUCCUACUGGCGUCUUUGUGGAAGAAUCAAGGUGUAAUUGUCUGUCCUCUCACAGCAGACCUGCUUCUCAAUUUUGUCAAUAAGCAAGGAUCCCAUUUUCUCGAGUUCCCCAUGGAAGCACCUUCCUCACAGUAACAUUCUUUACAAAAUAUUUGAGACAGGCAACCUGCAUCUUUUCUUUUUAAGGGUAGUAGACCGUGCAUUGGUGAUCCGAGAAUACUUGGGAUUCUUUCAAGCAUCGAUCUCUUUAAUACUGAUUUUCUGGAAUGUGAUCUAAUAGAUUCUUCGCUGUCUGUUUUAACUUACUAUUUUACACAAGUCGAUUCCAUAGAUUGCUUGAUGUGGCUGUUGUAAUCCAUAGUCAUAUAAAUAUUUAUUUAUGAAGUAUUUAUUUAUUGUUUUUUCCAUA